CUACUGUCGCCACAUAGCGAUAAGUACUCGACUCGGUAUCCAUUACUUGAGGAGCGGUAUGUGGGUGUUAUGAUAUCGUUGCAUCACCUCGCCGUCUGUCAGAGCUUGCUCCCAACCGCCAUUUCCCGUACUCGACCAUCCGGAAUUACCACGCUGUCCGAUGACCAACCAUAGCUUUCGGACACCACAGACGAUUUCUGAGGGUUCGCCCUUCUUGUCCUACGGGGGUUGCGUAUAAUCCUCAGUCAUGAGUUCUUCUGGACCGAUAUCGGCGGGCAAGCCUACAGACCUGGAUACGAUCGAUUUCCAAUCUUGCGCCCGGCUUGUGUGGGUAUAUCCUGCACAUCUCGCAUGAUGGCUUCAUUUCGGAGAAGAUCGCUCGGUCCAGUUGAGGAUGAUGUUCCCUCCCCUCCGCACACGCCUUGUUCUGCUUCGGUGAGCAGUGUUUUCUUUGUCGCCGGGUCGUUCGUCGCGCCCUUGUGGCUAGCGAGGGCGGCUCCGGUGUCUUGGAUUGCGCGAAUGAGACGGUGCGAGUUGGCACACAGGUUAUGGGCUCAACAAAGAUACCGCUACUGAUGUAGCCGGGUCUGUUCCGAACCUGCGAUGCUAUGACUGGAGACCU